UUUUGCCACGCGCCAUGGCUCGCCUCUGCGCACGCCGCCAGCGGGAGAAUGGGAGCCAUGGAGGAAGAGGGGGAGGAGGAGGGGGGUGGCGACGCCGAGAAGGAGCGAGGCGCGCCAGGCCUGGACGGGCAAAUGUUUGAAUGUGCGCCCGGGCGGCCAGCACCGGCGCACGGGCGCGCCAGGGGGUGGAGUGGCAGGGUGGGGCGACGAGGGGGGCGACGACGCCGAGGAGGAGCGAGGGCACGCCGAGGGCACGCCUGCCCCUGUCUUUGCAGGGGGGCGGCCGUGUGCGCCUGCCGUUGGAGGACGAAGGGAGGGGAGGGAGGGGGGGAGGGAGGGGGAGGGUCGACACGACGCGAACCUACCGUAGAGAGACGCUGCUCCAAGGGCAGGCCGAGCGUCCGCGGGACCAGAAAAGAAGGGCCGGCAGCCCCCACCCGCGAUUCGGCCAAGCGCUCCCGCAGGAGCAACAAGCACAAGGAGGGGGAGGAGGGGGACGUGGAGGGGGA